UCAAAUGUUUUAAUUCAAAUUUCAAUUCUGUUUUCAAGGACAAGGCUAUAUUGAUAGCGUUCGACUUCUUCGAAUUGCAAUCCUAUUGGAAUCUAUGAGUGAAAGCCUCGUCUUUGUACAACGGUUUUAAUUCCUUUAUCACAAUAAGAUAGUGUUGUAGUGUUUAAAGUUUUAGCAUUAAAUUGUCACUUAGCUUUUAGCCAUGUCAAGUGAAAAUAAUGAGACUAACUUAUUGAAAAGUAUUGACGAUAUACCCGAGUUAAAUAAAGAUAAUGUCCAUAUUCCGAACAAGGAGGAAUUGUUAAAAAAAUUGAACAAGAUGAUCAAAGAUGGGAACAGGAUGCUGCAGAUCGUUACUGACUUCGAUCACACUUUGACCAGGCACACAAUGGAUAAUGGAAAAUCGGUAUUAACUAGUUUUGGUAUGUUCCGGGAAUGUCCAUCAAUUCCUCAGGAAUACAAGGAUGAGGAGAUUAGGCUGGCCUCAAUAUAUAAGCCAAUAGAAGUGGACCCUGUUAUGAGCAUUGAGGAGAAAACAAAGCAUAUGAUUGAUUGGUAUCAGGCAGCACACAAACUCUUGCAGGGUAUGAAAUUUCCCAAGCAGGAGUUAAUGGAUAUUGGGUACAAAAUGGUAGAGUGUUUUAGGACGGGCGUGCAGGACCUGAUCCUGUGGAGUGAGCGGCACCAGGUGCCAGUGCUGGUGUUCUCCGCAGGGCUUGGAGAGUCCGUGCUCGCCGCACUCAAGGCCGCGAACUUUCUCCUGCCACAUGUCAAGGUGAUAUCAAAUUUCCUGGCAAUGGAUGAGUCGGACACGAUAGUGGGCAUCAAGGGGGAGGUGAUCCACACGUACAAUAAAAACGAGGCGGCCAUCAAGGACACGGAGUACUUCUCGCUGGUGCAGACGCGCAGCAACGUGCUGCUGCUCGGCGACAACAUCGGCGACGCCGGCAUGGCGCAGGGCAUGGACCACUGCCACGUCGUGCUCAAGGUCGGCUUCCUCGGCCGCAACGCGCGCGCCAACCUGCACAACUACCUCAACACAUUCGACCUCGUGCUCGUCGACGAGCCCACUAUGGAUGUGCCCAACGCCAUACUCAAACUUGUGCUGUGAUUUAAGAUUUAUUUUGAUACAAAUUUGAUAUUAUUUUACGAUUUGAGAUUCGCAUUGCGAAUGAAUGAUGAUAUCGAGGUUUUUCGUUGAUAGCAUAAAAAAUAUUAAAUGUACACUUGGGGAAACUGGCAGUGUUCCACUUUAAAGCUAGUUGUAUAUACAUUUGAUACACAUUAUGAUGAUAGAGAUUUUAAAUAUGUCUGAAAGAAAAAAACGCGGUGAGUCGUAUACGGUUAGUCAUUAUUUAUUCCGCCAUUUGUGCAACUCACUAUUACCUAAGUGGUUAUUUGUCUGAUUUUUGCCAAGUUUGACUUUUUGCAAGGAACAAGUUUUUCUGUAAGUGGAAUACUGCAGAUAUCCGCGACUGUACAUUGUGAAAGGUUGUUGUAAUAUUUUGUAUGCCAAGUCCUAUUUAUUCGUGAAACUAUUAUAGGAGUAAUAUUAGUCACCAACGAUGGUAGAAUACAAAAAUUUUGAACUUGUAAGUUAUAAUUUGUUUUCGGGAUUACAAUAGGAUUAGCUAUAUACAAACACAUUUUUAGAAUGUAUUUUUACUACGAAAUUUUCAGUAUAUAAUUUAAUUUGUACCAUCUGUGUAAUAGUGGAUUUUGAAUUUGGCUUUUCACUGACUUAAAAUGAUUUUAAACCUUACUCUAAGUAUAGGUUUAAAGUAAUUCGAAAGGGUGCUUAUGAUUUAUGAAACUUGUUAUUGUUUUCUGUUCUUAAAAUUUAUUGCGGGUGUUUAUGAAUCUAUCAUGUUUGUUUAUAAAACAAAACGGGUCAAGGCAAUUGCCAUAUUACGUAAAUCUCGAUAGAGAUUGAACGUAGGGAUUGCGAAAAAUAAAACAAUUUUAAUGAAAUUAAAUAUUUUGUUAUUAUUAUAAAACAACACGUACGGACAAAUUGUAUUUUCUAGUCAUUGCGAUACACAACCACCCCCCCCACUCAUAUAUGCAACUUUUAAUAUUAUCACAACAUAAAUGCAGUUUCGUCGUUUUAAUUUAAAUUAAUACAUUGAUUCCAAA